AUGAUUGGGAACAUAACACUAUUGCAUGUCCACCAACGAUUGAAAGAAAUUUUUGGUAUGUCAUCAACUGACAUAUUUGCAGGCAUUAGUAUCAUAGCUGUGGGUGAUCUAUACCAGCUUCCUCCAAUUAAAAAGAAUGCAAUUUUUGAUGAUUACAAAAACGAAACUCACAAUCUUUAUCAUCCAUGGGGUGUCUUCAAAAUGGUUGAACUUACAGAAAUCAUGAGAAAAAAAAAUGAUAAGGCAUUUACUGAACUUCUUAAUAGAAUUAGAACAGCUUCGCAUACAGAGGAUGAUAUUAAAGUUAUUCAGUCAAGAUGUACAACAACAUCUGAUCCUAACUAUCCAUCCGAUGCCCUUCACAUUUGGGCUGAAAAUACUCCUGUGAAUGAACAUAACCAAAAGAAACUAGAAACAAUUCAAUCACCGCUAUUUCUUCUGAAAGCAAAAGAUCAGUAUCCGAAAAAUGUCAAUAAACAAGAUAUAGAUAGAGUUUUAGCAAGAGGGCGUUCUGAAAUAUGUGGACUUGAUUUUGAAAUUCAUAUUAAAGAAGGUGCCAUAGUAAUGCUCACUACAAAUAUCAAUAUACAAGAUCGACUUAUCAAUGGACAAAUGGGGACUGUAGUUAAAAUUCAGGUAAACGGAAGUAAUAUACCAAUUAUCCUAUAUAUAAAAUUUGAUGAUGAAAAUGCUGGGAAAACAAUGAUUAACACUAGUGCCAACUCUUUUGCCAGAGAAAAUCAUCUUGUACUUAUUGAGCCUGUUUUAGCAAAAUUCAAAGUUAGACCAGGUAAACCUUCUUCACCUGAAAUUCAGAGAAUACAGUUUCCUGUUGCACUUUCAUGGGCAUGUACUGUUCAUAAAGUUCAGGGUCUUACUCUUGAAAAUGUUGUUGUUAGCUUAGAGUUGAAUAAACAAAGAUCUUUCAAUUAUGGCCAGAUCUAUGUAGCCUUAAGUCGUGCUACGUCUUUACAAGGUUUACACAUACUUGGAGAAAUACAAAGUAAACACAUAAAGGCAAAUCCAAAAGUUCAUAAAGAAUAUGAGAGACUUCGAAAUUCCUGCUUAAGAACUUUUACUAAACACAAAUCCUCCAACAGCUCGUUUGUAACCAUAUCACUGUUGAAUAUGAGAUCUCUAAGAAAGCAUAGUAAUGAUAUCAAGUUACAUUUGCAGUUGUUUCAUUCUGAUGUCCUUGCAUUUACUGAAACACAGCUUCUGGCUAAUGACUCAGACGCUGAAAUUGCAGCGAAUUUAAAACCUUUUAAAAUUUAUCGUCAAGAUCAUGAUUCAGACAAGUACUCCAGCAUGGCCAUCGAGGCUAUUAAGUUUGUUCUUGUUGACACUAAACUACAAGAAUCCCGGUCCUUCCUUUUACUGUAUAGAAAGAACAACUCUAGCGUAUCACAAUAUAUAGAAGCAUUGCGAUAUCUCCUUAAUAUCUACAGAAUUGACAUGGCACUUGGUGACUUCAAUAUGAAUUAUUUUAAUGCCACUGAUUCUCAACCACUAAUAUCGUUAAUGGAAUCUCUAAACUAUACAAAAAUUGUUACUGAGCCCACAUUUGUUUCUGCUGGUAGUUUAUUGGACCAUGUUUAUGUUAAGCCAACUUCCAUACAAAUAAUCAACAGUUCCGUAUUGAGUGUAUAUUAUUCUGAUCAUGAUGCUGUUGUCACCUCGCUACAGUUUUCAAAUGACAUUUAG